AUGAAAAUGCCGAAAAGUGAGGUAGAAGUUGUGAUGACCGAAGAUAAUGAUGUACAAAGCAGGCAACCAUCAACGGAUACAAUAUCCGAGCAAAUUAUUUCACCAUAUGAUACAACUGAUUUGGUGCAUGCUAAUGAAAAGUCUCUUGCACAAGUUUUUGGUUCUUCUAUCCAAACACCUUUGAUAACCGCUGCAGAUAUUAAUCGUAUGAAUCGUGAACGAGGUUUAGAAAUUGUUGCAAUGGCAGGUCGAUAUGAAGCAUUGGUGGAUAGUGCUUCACGUUCACCGGCUGCAAAUAUGGAACGUAAUAAAAUUUGGCGCAAAAUAACAGAGGAAAUCAAUAAGAAAUACUCGCACUUGAAUACGUUAACUUUUGAGCAGUGCAAAAAAUUAUGCAAAUAUUACAAGCGCAAAGAUCCAACUAAUUAUGGACUUGCAUUUCAUGCAAUGCAUUCUGAUUUGAUACCAAGUACAUACAAAGAACAGCAACAACAGCAAGCUGCAGCUGCAAUUGCAGCAGUUGGUAAUGCUACAGCUUAUGUGACAACAAAUGGACAAAUUGAUGAACCGAUUGAUGUGGAUGAACUACUAGAAGCAAAUGAUGUAGUAGAUGGUAUUUGUUGCGAUACUAAUACAUUAAAAACGAAACAAGGAGAAGAGAUUGCACCUCUACCAAUGGAAGAUAUUGUACGAGAAGAUGACAAACCAUCAAAAGAUCUUUUGCAAUUUCUUGCACAAUGCUCAGCUUCAUCAUCAUCUAGUUCAACUGAUGGCUUAGUAUUACCUGGACAGCAAGCUGUCGCAGCUGUUGCUGCAGCUACUGUCAUUGCAAAUCAGCAGAAGAAGGAACGGGGACAGUACGUUUGUAAAUUGGCUGAAACAUUCAAUGGUGUUUUUGAUAGCCAUUCAAGGUUAUAUCAUAUUAAUGCCGAACGUAAUCAAGUUUGGAAACAAAUCACAGAUUCUACCAAUGAAAAAUAUGGAUCUGAACUGGGUGAUUUAACAAUCGAACAAACUAAGAAACUUUAUGCAAAUUAUAGGAGGAAAUCUCAAUUGAUUUGUUUUAAUAACAAUGCUGGUGGUACAUCACGAUCCGAUGCGGGUAGCAUUAAUGGAACUGCGUCGGCCGAUUUGGAUUCGGAUGCAUCAUCGAGUAAUUCCGAUCUGCUGACACGUUUGGUAACUCCGGUGUCAAAUGGAACAGGUAGUAUUACUGGUACUUCUCAAAUUCGAACUGGUUCACCAACUCUUUUACCUCGACUUACACCAAGGGAUCGGAAGUCUAAUAUGGAUUUGAAAAAUGGAUUCGUAAAUCAUGCCGGUAGUGUUGGUCAGCGUAUUUCGGCGAAUCCCGGUCUGUCAUCAGUGGAAUUGCUGGCCAUUAUUGCUGAUCGUGAUGCUGAAAUUAAACAGCUAAAAAAUGAACUUUUGCAGAAAUCAGUUGAACAUCAACUUCAAAUAUCACGUGUUUUGGAGAAGGUAUCAGAACUGGUAAAGACUGCAGUAAAUACCAAUGUACAACGGGAAAUAAUGUCAGCAAUGACUGGAAUAGCUAGUUACAGUGGUUAUCAUGAUAAUGGUUAUUGUGAUAAAAGUUAUGAUGAUGAUAGUGAUUUGUAG